AUGGUUGUCCUGAAUCCAGUGACUCUGGGAAUUUGUCUUCAGCUUUUCUUCCGCUUCCUCACGUCUCAACCGACUGUCAUCAACAGUGUCCUCCCAAUUCCUGCAGCGCUUCCGGGCCUGGAGCAGAAGAAGCGGAGCAGCCACAGAGCCUGCUGCCGGCUGACGCCCCCGCCGCCCCCCUUGUUCCCACCACCACCGUUCUUCAGAGGGGGCCGCAAUCUGCUUCUCUCCUCAGACCUGAAGACUCUCAUCCUGGAGCUGGAGUCCACGCAGGCCCCGUGCGCCCAUGGAUCGCUGAGCUCGCCCGGGCCCCCGGGCCCCCAGGGUCCGCCGGGCCUUCCUGGCAAGACAGGACCCAAAGGAGAAAAGGGGGAGCUCGGCCGGCCCGGGAGGAAGGGGAGACCUGGCCCCCCGGGUGUUCCUGGUGCACGUGGGCCUGUGGGCGGGCCUGGCCCUGAAGGACCCAGGGGUGAAAAGGGUGACCCGGGCAGGAUGGGCUUGCCAGGCUCCCGAGGACCAGCCGGCUCCAAGGGCUACCCUGGAUCCAGAGGGGAAAAGGGAUCCAGAGGUGAAAGGGGAGACCCAGGUCCCAAAGGAGAAAAGGGCUUCCCUGGAGCUCCCGGCAUGCUGGGGCAGAAAGGGGAAAUGGGCCCGAAGGGAGAGCCUGGGAUAGCAGGACACCGGGGGCCCACAGGGAGACCAGGAAAACGAGGCAAGCAGGGGCAGAAGGGAGAUAGCGGAGUCAUGGGCCCCCCAGGCAAGCCUGGGCCUUCUGGUCAACCCGGCCGACCAGGGCCUCCAGGCUCCCCAGGCUCUCCAUCGGCAGGGCACCUUGUAAUGGGACCCAAAGGGGAACGAGGACUUCCCGGGCCUCCAGGACGAUGUCUGUGUGGGAACCCCUGGAAUGUGAACAACCCCUCCCACGGGGAGUCGGCGUCUGGGCCCAGCUCCCCUCAAGUCCCCGUGAUUUUCGUGGUGAACAACCAGGAGGAGCUGGAGCGGCUGAACACCCAGAACGCCAUCGCCUUCCGCAGGGACCAGAGAUCUCUGUACUUCAAGGACAGCCUUGGCUGGUUCCCUAUUCAGCUGACCCCGUUCUACCCCGGGGACUACAGUAUUGCCCGCCACAGCACUUGUGGGGACGGGGUCCUACAGCCCGGGGAGGAAUGUGACGACGGGAACAACUACUCGGGUGACGACUGCAUCAGCUGUCACCGGGCCUACUGUGGAGACGGUUACCGGCACAGGGGCGUGGAGGACUGCGACGGCUCCGACUUUGGCUACCUGACGUGUGAGACAUACCUGCCCGGGUCCUAUGGAGACCUGCGGUGCACCCCCUACUGCGCCAUCGACUCCACGCCCUGCCGCUACUUCACGUGAGGGCCGCGAGGCGCAGGUGGGCGCCGCAUCCCCGCACGGGCAGCAGUUUCCCCGCCUGGUCCAGCUGGCCCCGGGCUGCCCGGGCUGUCGCACCGUCACGUGACCACACACACAACUCAGCAGAGACAGGCUUUGCUGCUCAGACGCGCUUUCGGCUCAGCCCGACGGGAGGCCUUGGGACGGCCGCCUCCAAUGCUGGACAGCCUCCCACCGUGGACCCGCCCGUCGUUGCUCCGUCCUGGCCCUGGGUGACCCCUGCACUCUUUCCCCGCCGAGGGUCAGACACAGAGAGCUGCAUGGUUGGGUGGACGGAACUCCAGUGCCCACCUCCCACCCGUGGGCACCUGUCCUGCCCCGGCCUGCUGACUCUGGGGAGCUGUCCCUCGGGGUGGGGGGAGGGCUCCCCACUCUAGCUCCAAGGAGGGGCCCCUCAAACUGUUGGUGUGCAACAAAGCGGCUCCCACAGGAAGACACACAAAUGUGAAGAACCGGAAAGGCGACCACCCAGGCCUGCUCCGGCCGGAGGGACCCGGCAGGGCCCAGAGCUGCCACCUCUUGCCUGUGUCCAGUCUCCACAAGGGCGGCCUUAUGCUGUCACCGCCCCGGCAAGGUCCUACCGAGAGGCUCUCUGCCCUGGGGCCUCGUGUCCAGUUCUGGUCUCAGAGCUUUGUUGGCAGCACUGCUGGCCCCGGGGUUCCCGGCAAGGCCCCUGAGGGGACUGUCCUGCCAGCAGCGUCCGGUCAUGGCCAUAUCCCUCGUGCAGAGCCAGGUCCUCACA